UCGUACUUCCUAAGGGGCGGGGUUUGUCGCGCAGAGGCCUCUCCUCCGGGCCGGUGGGCUGUGCGCAGGCGCGCUCCCGGCCGAGGGGAAGUGAAGGCCGGAGCCGGAGCCGCCGCCGGCCUCCAUGAGCUGAGGAGCCGCUGCCUGGGCCGCUCGGCGCGAAGGAAGGAGCCGGGCGCGGGGCCGCCCUGGGCCCGGCGGCGAAGGGCAGGAGGCCGGGCCGGCACCCGGGCGGGCGGAUGGUCCGGAGCUGACGCUUCCCGGGUCUCCCUGAGGCGGGCUGGCGGCCUCUCUGCCGGGCUUGGCGGGGGAUCGGCUCGCCCCGGCCCUGCUGGGACCCCGCCCCGGCCGCUGGGGCGGGAUAGGCCCGCAGGCCUCCCCCGGUAGCCCGUCUCCCGGGCGGUGAGUCUCGUGUUCCCGCGGCCGAGCGCCUCGCCCCGCCUCCCGGCCCGGCGCUUCCGCCCGGCGGCCUCCCGCCGCACGUGGGGCAGCGGCCUCCGGGUUCGGCUCUGCCCCGCCCCGCCCCGAGGGGGCCCCGUGGAUGCCGCCGAGAUGGGCAAGGUGCUGUCCAAGAUCUUCGGCAACAAGGAGAUGCGGAUCCUGAUGCUGGGGCUGGACGCGGCCGGUAAAACCACCAUCCUGUACAAACUGAAGCUGGGCCAGUCCGUCACCACCAUCCCCACCGUGGGCUUCAACGUGGAGACGGUGACUUACAAAAACGUCAAGUUCAACGUGUGGGAUGUCGGGGGCCAGGACAAGAUCCGCCCCCUGUGGCGGCACUACUACACGGGCACGCAGGGGUUAAUCUUCGUGGUGGAUUGCGCCGACCGCGACCGCAUCGACGAGGCCCGCCAGGAGCUGCACCGCAUCAUCAACGACCGGGAGAUGCGGGACGCCAUCAUCCUGAUCUUCGCCAACAAGCAGGACCUGCCCGAUGCUAUGAAACCCCAUGAAAUCCAGGAGAAACUGGGCCUCACCCGAAUCAGGGAUAGGAAUUGGUACGUGCAGCCCUCCUGUGCUACCACAGGGGAUGGACUCUAUGAAGGGCUGACAUGGUUAACGUCCAAUUAUAAAUCCUAAUGAUAACAAUAACUACUUAGUCUGCAGAUAAUUAAAAAAAAAAUAGUCCGCCUGGUUUCCUAGAAGAAUGAUUCUCUACCGAAAAAGUAAAACCAAGCAUCCAUAGGAUUAUGAUCACUUCUUCUCCAGUUACCACCCUUUCCUUCUACACGCUGACUGGAUUCCUGUUUUAACUCUUCUUGCUUGGCGUUAGGAUGCUGUAACCUCCAAAUGUGACACGAACACAAGCACUAGAUGCUAUGGCAGACUUCCAGCAAACGGGGAAAGACACACUGUAGAUUUGCUAAGUAAUUUUUUUCCUCUCUUGAUUAGCCCUUAUUAUGGUUUGAUUCCUUUUUUUUGCUGGGGGGAAGGGGUAACCAUUUUCAAUGUAUGCUUUCUGGUUCUACUUUUUUGAAAUUUUUUUCUUUAUCACUUGCUGUAGUUUGCUUCUUUUUGCAUUCAUGCAGAAUAUGUUGCUAGGUCUGUUUCAUCAGUAAACUGAAAAUUAUUGCUUAAAAUCAAACUGCAGUCUGUCUUUUUAUAUUGAGGACUUCUUUUUAAAAAGUCCUUAAUCUGUAACUAAAUAGUAACUUUAAAUCUGUCUUUUCAUAUCUAAGACUAACAUGGUAAAUAAAACCUUGCCUACAGUGGUAGAUAGUGAGAAUACCAUUGUAAUAUGUUCAAAGUACAUAUCUGAGGUAAUGCAAGAACUGCAUUGAAAUGUCAGCUGUGAAGUUCUGAACCAUACAUCAUGCAUGAGUAGGGAUGCAAAUAAGUUCCCCAUAUUACAUAGCAACCAUAUAACGAAUAAAAUGUGAAUGAUGUAAUAGUUUCAAGUUAUACUCUAAUCAACAGUUCCUAUGUCUUGCAUUGCAAAGUUAAUGAUGUUUAGCUGCAGUCUUAACUAGUUAUGUAUCAGUCUCCUCACGGUGCGGGAUAUCUUCUUUCCAGAAAGUGUAGCAGUAAUGUGUAAGCAUUACUGUUCAUUUUACUUUAAAUAACUUACCAUUAGGCAAAAAUCAAGUCAUGUCUUGCCUCUCUUACAAUAUAGGAAAGAUGUAUUUGUUAAUCUUGAGAUUUUUGGAGACAUUUCCUCUUCCAAAGUUUGAAAAUCUCAUGUUUUCUGAAAAGCAUGCAUCUUUAUCAGCUGCAAACUCCCCCCAUUUGUUUCCAUAUCAUAAUCAUUUGAAUAAGCAAGUUCAGUUCUAAACUUUAACAGAAAUUAACCAUUUUAACAUUUGAGUAACUGGCGUUUGAAGAAGUCAUUUAUAUCACAACUUAGUUUUUGCAAGACCACAAUCUAACUCAUGAAAGUAGUUCUAAAUAUUUUUGUCCCUCUGUUUUAGUAACGUUACUAUAAUUCUUUAUGAAAGGAACUGUGUUGAAUGUCUGAAUUUAAAUCCAUUGAGUAAUUAGUAAUGAGGGUGGGGUGUAGAGAGUGAGCAUAUGACUAUGAAUGUAAACUUCCAUAUAUAGGUUUUUUGUUUUUUUUUUUUUUUAAGGGCAAGCAGCUCACUUGCCAUAAGUUUUCAGAUGUCUGACUGGCAAGUUAUGGCAAAAACAAACCAACCAAACCCACCCAGAUUGAGAGUUCAAAUCAGUGUAUCGUUUCAAUCAAGUAUUAAUACUGGGUGCAAAAAAGUAAAGCAGCUGGGUUUUAUUCAGCCUUAAGGAUUAAUUUUAGAUUUCCUCAAGGAGUUAAACUCAACUGGGGAAUUCUAGGAAUGUAACUUUACAAAACUAGAAGAGGGGGGGGAAAAUUUUUUUUUUUUUGAGGAUGUAAGUUUUACAUUAGAUUGGGGCAUUACACUACAUUUCUGCAGUGUUGACUCUGUAUGUUAAGUACAGUGUAUUAUGGAGCUCUUACCAAAGAUCUAUGGGGAGAUAAAAAUAUUGAAGUUUAUUUCCUAAAAAUUUAAUACUUAGGACCCCUUGAAGAAAAAUGCUUAGUUUAGAAUAUGGUUCCAAAAGGGGGACACUCUUAAUGUGUGUUGCAAUGGCAGUGAAAGGAUUCUGGACGAUAUUAGAAAAUAUAGCAAUGAUUCAGAAACACUUUUGUAAAAGGAAAAAGUUCAUUAAAAAAGCAAGGCAAGUUCAAUUACUUUAAGUCAUAAUUCUGAAGGGGAAACUAGAUGUCUUCAUUUUAGAAGUCCUUUUAUGUCCUUCUUGAAUUGUUGCUCCAUUUUCUAGUUUUUAUAAAUUCAAGAAAUUCUUCAUUUCAGUUAAUGUAAUUGGUCAAAUAGUCUGGUAGUGUAAAGGCGUAUAAACCAAACACCAGAGUACAAUUGUUUUCUUCUGGAACAAAAAUUAAAAAAAGCCAAGCACAAGGUAAAUGCCUAAACUGGAAGACUUGAACCUCUAUUAAUAGUUUUCAAACUUUCUUAAACAUAUCUCAAUCAAAAUGAAAAGUUGGAUUUUCACUUUCAGUCUAAAGUGUUUACUGUAUUCUUUCUCUUCAAACACUGUUUGGGGCAGGUUUAAAUUUCACUAGGUUUUUACAUUAAAUUGAAUUCACAAUUUUGAAUUUCUUUGGUAAUUUUGUUACUUUAGAUAUUCUGUUGUGUAGGUAAAAUGAUAAAUUUAAUUAUACUCUUGAAUUUUUAAAUGUUUUAUUCCGGGGGGGGGAAAGACUCUAAAGUUACUGAAACUUGUGUGGCAGAUGAUUCAAAAAUAAAUGACCUUUGCUACUGAA